UAAAUGCUUUUGCAAUGAGUAGACGGUUAUUGUGUGUGUUUCAAACGUGGAUAGGGAGGUGCAUUGGCAGGGGGACAGCGAAGAACUGUUAACAGUCUUGUUACCCCAUCUCUGUCUAAUCAACAGCCUUAAUUACAGGAGGAGAAAAAAGAAGAAUCUACCUUUAAUAUAUCAAGGUGCUGCGAUCGUGAUUUAAAGGUAACACCGUACACAUAUCAACUGAGGAAUUUAAAACUCGAGAGUCGGAAAUUGGAGCAACAAUUGGAUUGACUCAUUCCCAGUUCAGCGGAAGCGUUUCAGGUGUAUGAUUCCCUGCAAUCUCGUGGAAGGUUUUAGGGAUAAGAAUUGUUAAGAACAGUGAUUUCCUAAGUAUGUACAACGCGUAAAAACCUGUUGUAGGGAAAAUUAAAAACGUCCACCGGUCAAGAAAUUGACAAGCUUGGAUGACCUAAUUUACCAUCCAACAUGGCGACGAGUAUAAACAUUUCGGCCAGGUUAGUCUUACUGGCCUUCUGCCUGUUUUCUGUACAUUCCAUGGUUGUGAAGCGGACUGUGGUUCCUAGCAACGUUCGUCCAGGAUAUAUUGUGUCCACUGUCGGGAAUAUAGGACAGAGCUUUGGUUUGGAAAGCCCAGACAAAGAAUUUGAAGACUAUUUCCACAUAACAAGCUCAGGGGAAGUGAUCACUUUGGAGAAAGUGGAGAAAUUUAUCAACAGAGCUUUCUCUUUAGUAGUAUCCAACAGUUUUGGCUCCAACUCAUGGACAGAGCCUAUUCAUGUUGUUGUGCAAAAUUAUUCAGAAAUUUUAGUCUUCCCCAAGGCGUCCUACAUUGGCCAUGUCGGUGAAAACCAGCCGGCUGGUGCUCUGGUGUCUGGAUUAGAUAGCUUACAAGCACAUUUUAAAGGACAGGCCUUGGACAAUAUCAAGUAUGCCAUUGGAUCUGGUAAUGAUCUUGGGAACUUCCAACUUGGAACCAAAAAUGGAAUUGCCCAGGUCUUUACCACAGUGCCUCUCGACUUCGAAGCCAAGGCGUUUUAUGAUCUCGUCAUCAAAGCACAAGUAGAUGGGGAAUUAGAAACUGCAGAAACAAAUGUUAGGAUUAAUGUUGACAAUGAAAAUGAUCAUGUACCAGAAUUUACCCAAGAGAAGUAUGCAGGAGUGGUUUCUGUUAAUUCGCUUACAGGUAGCCCUGUGUUGUCUGUCCAAGCGCGGGAUCUUGAUGAAGAUGUUAUCUCCUACUCGAUGGAUUAUUCCGUCAACUUUCAAAUGGAUCCCAAAACAGGAGAGAUUACUGUUAAAACCAACAAGAAUCUUGACCCCGUCCCAUACUCCUAUACUGUUUAUGCUAGUGAUGGCAAACAUAGCACCUCUGCCUUUGUUAAAAUACAAGUUAGGGGAGGUUCACUCAAAUUCAAACCUGAGGUACAUCAGCGCAGCAAACGCGCUACAGAAUUCACCACUUCUGCCGCUGAAACAGCCACUGGGCGGCUGUUCACUUUACAGUACACUGGUACCGUUCCAGAUCCUCGUUUCUAUCUCUCUGGCCCACCCGAUAUCUUGCCUCUUCUAAGCAUUAAUCCCACUACGGGGGACGUGUCACUGCAACCAGGUCAGAAACUGGAUUAUGAUGAACCAACACAGAAAUAUAUAGGCUUUACUGUGGCUGUCAACAGCUCAUCUUCAGAUGCUACGGAUCUGAUCGCAGUUAGACUUAACAUUGAAAACAGAAAUGACGAAGUUCCUGUGUUUGUCAACCAGCCGACCAAGUUUCUGACCACUAUAAGUCAAAACCCUGCCUUAAACUCCAAGGUCUUUGAGCUGAAUGCUGUCGAUGCUGACCCCAAUUCUCUGGUCAGAUACUACAAGAUAGGAGGUGACGAUGAAUUUGCUGUGCAGGAGACAACUGGAAUAGUUAGCAACACUGUCACAGCAUUGAAUAGUGGUCAGGAGUACGAGAUUCUUGUCCAGGCGCAAGAUAUCAGUGCCAAUCCACCCCAGGUCAGCGAGUCAAAAAAUCUGCGUAUUUUCGUUGGGGAGUUGCCGCCACAAUUCUUUGAGGAAUCGUACACAAUGGAUUGUCCUGAAGAUGCUAAUAGUGGUUACAGUGUUGGUACAGUAAGAGCCAAAUCAUUUCAAGGCCAGUCAAUCAUGUACUCCCUGAAAACAGACACAAAUCAGGACUCCGCAGAGUUCUACCUUCACCCUACUGAUGGUAUCGUCAGCACCAAGAAGGUCUUGGAUUACGAAAGGGACCCACAUACCUACAAUCUGAGAGUUAUUGCACAAGAGGGACUUUCUGGCAAAACUAGCACUGCCUCGUUGGUGGUUAAUCUCCUAGACAGAAAUGACAACAAACCAAUUUUCUCACUGGCUGAAUAUAUAGUGCCUACUCCUCUGGCUGAAAAUACACCAGUAGGACAGUCCUUUUUUGAAGUUGCUGCCCAGGAUGCAGACUCUGGCACCAAUAUGCAGAUUACUUAUUCCAUUCAAAAUGCUCUGGAUGGAAGCUACUUCAGUGUGUCCACAGAAAACAACAGGGGCAUUUUAAGAAUAGCUAAGGAGCUUGACUAUGAAAACAAAACGGACCACACAUACCGUUUUAUCGUCCAAGCCACCGAUCAUGGAGCGCCUGCGCAGACGGGAACCACAGUAGUGAGGCUCCGCGUGUCCAACGUUAACGACGAACCUCCACAACUGAUCCCCAACACACUCUAUGUCAGUGUUAAUGAAGACUCGGUUCCUGGACCAGACGGAAAACUUGUGACUGUACUGCAAGCCCGAGAUCCCGAUAAUGAUGGAAUUACUUUUGCUUUUAAAGACCAAAAUGGUAAUCCAACCAAUCAAAUAAUGCCAUUCCGUCUGGACGAUAACACAGGGAAUAUCAGAUUGGUUGGUCCAAUAGAUGCAAACCGAGCCAACUAUAUCUUGAAUGUUAUUGCUACUGAUGAUGGUGCCUGCUGUGGUGGUGGGACUAGACUGACCAGUGAAGGAGUGGUCAUUGUCGAAAUCCUGGAUGUUGUCAACUCAAAGCCCGAUUUUCCAGACUGCGCUUCAAUGAAUCCUUCAAUCGUUGAGAGCGCUCCCCCAUCUACUUUUGUUUAUCAGGUUAGAGCACAAGAUGCAGACAGUGGUAGCAAUGGCCUUAUCAAGUAUAGCUUGCUGUGGGCACCUCAAGCUCGCAUCCGUCCAUUCAGCAUUGACCAGACGUCAGGCAACAUGACCACCACUGAGAUGCUGGACAGAGAGCAGUACAAAACCGUCAGUGUGACUGUGAAAGCAGAGGACAGUGGAAAUCCACCCCUAGCAGCCUUCUGUUCAUUCCAAGUUACCAUUACCGACAUAAAUGAUAACUCUCCUGUCUUUGACAAGGGAGAAUACACCACAGCAUUGUCAGAAGACAAGGAUGUUGGAUACAAUGUAAUUCGUGUACGAGCUACGGAUAAAGACUCUGCUGUUAACAGCCAGCUUAAGUACAGGAUUAUUCCAUCACCUACUAGUGCUUUCUUCCAGAUAAAUGAAGACUCGGGGGUUAUCUCUCUAGCCAGGGCACUCUCUCAGGUCCAGGAAGCAGUGUUCACUGUGGAGGCAAUGGACCAAGGCAGUCCACAGCGGGGCGAAAACGUCACCGUCAGAAUUUCUAUCACCGACCAGAGCAACACUCCUCCAGAAUGGGUUGAGAACAUUGAUGGCAGAACCUAUCGAAUCAUGGAAAAUGAGACUGCUGAUCACAUUGUAACUACCAUCUCUGCGAGAAACACCAUCGAGGGUCAAACCGGUCUGUCGUUCCGUAUCAUUGAUGGUGGAAAUGAAUUCCAAAAUGGUGUCCGAAGAUCUUUUUAUGAAAGACCAGUUGACGAAACUUCCUUCGAGGUCCUUACUUACAGAGCUCUUGACUAUGAAAAUCUCCAUCGCUAUGAAUUGAAAGUACAAGCUUCGAACAAGGCACAGAACAGGCUUACCCUGUACAAAGAAGCCAUCAUAUAUGUGGAACUGAUUGAUGUGAACGAUGAGAUUCCACAGUUUGAGGAUAUCGAUACCUCGGGUUACAUCUUGGGCAGUGUACCAGAGAAUGAACAAACCAACUGGCAGGUUGUUACAGUACAAGCCGUAGAUGCUGACACCAUACCCGAUUAUAAAAGGGUAAGGUACAGUUUCGCUCCACCAGAACCAAAUGAGGAAGAUUAUCGCACCAAAUUUGCCAUUGAUUCCAGCACUGGCACCAUCACAUCGCGGGUUUCAUUUGACAGGGAAGAGAGGCGAACCUAUUUUGUGACGGUAGCUGCUGAAGACAGUGCUCCAUCAGCCAGGAAGAGCGUAAAUGGACCCAAUCGAGCUGUGGCGACUGUUAAGAUAAUUGUGACAGAUAAGAAUGACAACACGCCAAUGUUUGCCAAAGCACGCUACAACACGUCCGUGUUUGAAGACGCAGAGAUUGGAGAAGUCAUCUUUCAGUUGACUGCAAGUGAUGCUGAUGAAGAUGGUUCCUUGAGUUAUUUUAUCAGUGCCGGAAAUAUUGACGGUGCAUUUGGAGUGACGCCAGACACGGGAGAGAUCAUUGUGCAGAGACGCCUAGAUUUUGACAGAGGAACAAGACACUACAACUUGACGUACAGAGUUGAUGAUGGCUUACAUUCCAACACCACCAUUUUGGAAAUAAUUGUCAAGGACGUCAAUGAUAAUGCUCCAGAAUUCAGUCAAGGAACCUACGAGGCGCGAGACAUCAUGGAGAAUGAUAACAAUGUUCCCAGAGAUUUAUUGAGGGUAAGUGCCACAGAUCCAGACACCAGCCGUAACAACACCAUACGGUACAGUUUGGACGGUCAGUUUGCCAGAGAUGGCUACUUUGAUGUUGAUCCAAUAACCGGACAAGUCAGGCUGCUCAAGCCGCUUGAUCGUGAUCCACCAGAGGGCAGGCCAAUCUGGGAGGUCAACGUUCUUGCAGUUGAUGAACCCACAUCCCCUAACGCCCUGACCGGAUAUGCAGAGAUCAAGGUAUACGUACUGGAUGAGAAUGACAAUGCACCAGUCUUCGUCCCCGAGAGGCUGAAAGGAACAGUUAUGGAAGGAGAAAUAGUCCCCAACUUCAUGACAGUGGUGGCCACGGAUAAAGAUGCAGGGGACAAUGCCCUGGUCACUUACUCCAUCCUCCAGAACAGUGUAGGUGCCAAUGGGCAGAACCUUUUCAGUAUUCAAAGCAGUGGCACCAACAAAGGGGGCAUCUCUACUCUGACAACGACUCUCGACCGCGAGGUCCAGGCUCAGUAUGAGCUGGUGGUGCAGGCCCAGGAUAACCCAUCAGACGGUAGCCAAAGCAGAUCCUCCAGCGCAACUGUCACCAUUACUGUAGGAGACAGGAAUGAUCAGCCACCUGUCUUUAGGCAAAGUUCCUACACUGCAGAGAUGUCUGAGAGUUACACUGUGGGUACCUCAGUGUUAACAGUGGCUGCCUCAGACAAUGAUAUUGGCAGCAAUGCAGCCAUCACUUUCAGACUGUCGGAUUCCAACUUCUUCAGAGUUGAUAAGGUUGCAGAUAGCAAUGAUGACACACAGUAUGGAGUUGUUAAAGUGCAUCAGCAAAUUGACUAUGAACAGAUUAAGGCCGACCCCGUGAUAAGACUUCAGGUGUUCGCAGAAGACACCGUUCACACUGCCACUGCUAAUAUCACCAUCACUGUCACAGAUGCCAAUGACAUGGCACCAGAGAUCACUCCUCAGACAUUUGAGACUGAUGUUUAUGAGAAUGUUACAAUUGGCACUAAAGUUGCAGAAUUUACAGCUACGGAUGGAGAUUCUGGAGUUAAUGCCCAAUUUGAGUUCUCAAUUGAUCGCAGAACAGAUAGACAGCGCAAGUUCCGUAUCGAGCAAGUCGGAAAUAGAGGCAUUGUGUAUGUUUAUAAGGGCCUGGACAGAGAGGCCAUCCCUGAUGAUCCAGUGAGAACAAUUAAGAUUUUGGCCAUUGACAAAGGAGUCCCAGCCCAAACUGGUUCAGGUACCCUCAAAGUGAGGUUGUUGGAUGUUAACGACAAUUGGCCUCAGUUUGCCAAUGACCUUGACCCUCCACCCCGGGUGAUGGAAAAUACCCCACCAGUGGUCAGUGUGAUCACAAUUAGUGCAGUUGAUCCUGAUGAAGAAAGUAAUGGCCCACCAUUCACCUUUGCCUUGGGAGAUGGAGCUGUUUCUCCUAGAAACUGGCGCAACUUGUUCACUUUUGAUUUUACUCCACAAACCUCACCCCCUUAUGGACAGGCACUAAUUCAGUCAAGUGCCACUUUUGAUCGAGAAGAGACCAAAUUCUACUACAUGCCAAUUAUGAUGCGCGACAGCGGAAACCCUGUGAUGAGUGGCACCAACACUCUGACCAUCGAGAUCGGAGAUGUCAACGACAAUGACCACAAAGCCGGUCGGAAAGAGGUGUCUGUGUAUAACUUUGAAGGUUGGAAUGACCCAGAUAGUCAGUUUAGCAGCACAGUGAUAGGGAAUGCCUAUGCUGAAGAUCCUGAUGACUGGGAUAGAGUGGACAAGACAUUUACUUGGGUUGGAAGCCAGCCUCAACAUUUUAGCUUGGACCAGGACACUGGCGAUGUGAUAAUGCUGAAGGGGGCACCUGAAGGAAACUAUAAUCUGGAGGUCAAGGUCACUGAUAAUGUUCGAAAUGUGGAAGCCAUUGCCGUGGUAGUGGUUAACAUAAAAUACAUUGGAAAAGAAGCCGUGUACAGCUCUGGCUCCAUAAGAUUGACAGGCAUCACUGCAGAACAAUUUAUUGAGAGGCCCAAAGGUGGAAAGAGUAAAUAUGACAUGUUCCGUGAAUUGCUGGCCACAAAACUUGGCACCAAAACCGAGUUUGUUGAAAUUUUUACUGUCAACAACAGUGCUCCAAAUACCAUCGAUGUGCGCUAUGCUGCUCAUGGCUCCCCAUGGUACAAUGCUACCAAAACAAAUGGCGUAGUUCUGUUAAACCAAGCAGAGUUUGAGAGCACAGUCGGUAUAACUGUAGGAAUGGUUCCAGUGGAUGAAUGUCUUCAGGAGACUUGUGAGAGUGGAGGAUGUACCAAUGAGCUUGUCGUGGAAAACAUCCCUCUGGUGGUGAACACAAACACUACUUCUCUGGUGGGAGUGCGUGCUUACAUCAAAGCAGAGUGCACAUGCAAAGCACGAGAGUUUACAGAUGGGAAUACGCAGUGUAGUGGAGACAGUUGUAAAAAUGGCGGCACUUGUCUUCCAAAUUUGUCAGGAUCUGGGUACACCUGUCGCUGUCCUGCUGGUUUUGAUGGUCCGCGUUGCCAGCAGAGGCGUCACAGCUUCUCUGGCAAUGGCUGGGCUUGGUACCCUUCUUUGUCUCAGUGUGAGGACAGCAAAACUAGCAUCGAGUUCCUCACAGAGAAAGCAGAUGGUUUGAUUCUCUACAACGGUCCUUUUACACAGCAGACUGGUGUUGAUGCCGUCACUGAUUUCAUCUCCAUUGAACUGGUUCGAGGGUUUCCCAGAGUGAAAGUGGACCACGGUACUGGAGUGCUGUCCCUGCAGUUCAGUGCAGCAGAUGGCAUGCAGCCAUUGAAUGAUGGAAAGUGGCACGAGAUUGCCGUCUACAGAACUGGAAGGAGAGUUAGAGUUGUGGUUGACAACUGUGAGAAUGCCCAGGUCGUUGAAAAUGAUGGAAAUACUUCAACGGAGGACACGCGACUGUGUGCAGCAGAGGGAGAGACCCCUGGUGAGAAUAAGUUUAUCAACGUCAACCUACCUCUGCAGUUAGGAGGACGCCAAAAUCCAAAUUUCCCAGCAGAGGUCACCAGUGGAGGAUUUGAUGGGUGUGUGAAGAAUUUGAUUCAUAAUGGAGAGCUGUAUGAUCUACACAUUGGGGACACGGGCAUGCACGAGAACUCCGCAGAUGGAUGCCCGCGAGAGGAUGCGAUCUGCGAAGGUGUCAAAACUGAUGCUAACAACAUCAAACUUGCAGGAGAGCAAGCUGGACCCAAAUGUGGGGCAAAUGGCACCUGUGUUGUGACCAGCCUUAGUGAGAGAACGUACAAGUGUAUUUGUAACCCUGGCUGGCGAGGUCUUCAGUGUUCCACAGCCACCACUGUUGUGGAUUUCCAAGAAGACAGUUAUCUGAUGUGGGUCAUGAAAGCGAACUAUCAGUCCACAUUGGACAGUAUGGCAUACCAGCGUAAUGUGGAGAUUCAGCUGAUGUAUCGAACACGCGACACACAUGGCCGCGUCUUUACGGCCACCAAUAGUGCAGGAAGGGAGUACAUGAGAUUACAGAUCCAAGACAUGAGACUUCAAUUCGUCUACAACCUUGGCUACAUUGAGCAAAGCGUUUCCCUGGACUAUGUCAAUGCUUCUGAUGGCGAAUGGCACGUUGUAAAUGUGAAACGAUUCGGCAAGCACGUCAUCUUGACCAUGGAUCAAGGAGAAGGGAAAUACUAUGCCGAAAACCUUGGAGCUGCUGUCGCCCACCGCCUCAUGAGAAUAAACCAAAGGAGAGUUUACGCAGGGGCUGAGCUUAAUGGCAUUGACGGGUCGUCCAAUCGGAUAGUACCUGAUCAGGAUUUGUCAAACACCUGUAUGCAGGAUGUGAGACUCUUUGGCGAGUGGCUCCCCAUGAUGGAAUCCGAAGAAUCUCAAAGCACAAUAGCCGAGGUAGAUCGCUCUGAAAAUGUUGUCGAGGGUUGCCCAUCUGAUGCAUGUGCGGGCUUCGUGUGCCCUCCUGAUACUGGCUUGAUAUGUGUUGACCUAUGGAGACACGCCGAGUGCAGAUGUCCAACUGGAGCCAGAUAUGAUGCAACUCUGGCCGUCUGUGUCGACAUCAACGAAUGCCUCCUCACUCCUCCAGUGUGUCAGAAUAAUGGGAAAUGCGUCAACCUCGAAUUCAGCUACAGGUGCGAUUGCCCGGCAGGUUAUUCUGGUGACAACUGCCAAUUGUUUUUGGGUUUCACAGGAGCAGCUGCUGUGGCCCCUGCAGUAUGGGUGGUCAUUGCUAUUGUGAUUCUUCUUAUCAUAGGACUUCUUAUUGGAGCUGUGCUCUACCAGCGCCGCAGAACUGGUGCGGAGAAAUAUCUGAUUGACAUUGAUGUUGAUGAUGACAUGAGGGAAAAUGUGGUCAACUAUGAUGAAGAUGGAGCUGGUGAGGAAGACCAGGAUGCAUAUGAUAUCAGUCGUUUAAGUAAACCCAUGAACGGUACACCUAGCAUGAUGAAGUCUCCACUUAAUGAAGAUAUUCCACGCGACAGGACAAAAGGUCUAGGCCAAGCCCCAGGAGACCCACCUGAUGUUGGUGACUUUAUCCACCAACGCCUGAAUGAUGCAGAUGAGGACCCAGAUGGUCCGCCAUUGGACAGUUUACGGGAAUAUGACUAUGAGGGUGGCGGAAGCACAGCAGGAUCACUGAGCUCGCUGAAUUCCAGCUCUUCAAGUGAAGACCAAAAUUUUGACUACUUAAACGACUGGGGACCAAGGUUUGCUAAGCUUGCAGAAAUGUAUGGAGCAGGACAGAGCGAGGAAGACGAUUAAAUGGAAAACUGAACUUAAGCAAAAAGACAAGAUUACGAGAUAUAACAGCUGAGAUCCCAUCUACUAAUUAGAUAUGCCUAGGUUGAACUCAACAGAACUCGGAUGUUGCAGUUUUAAGAUGAGCAUGGAGAGCAUGCCCACAGAAAAAUUGUGUGAGGUACAAGUGCCACUUGGUUUCUUCUUCAUUUGCUCCAUUUUACAGUGUGUACAUGUUUCUAGGAAUUUAUUCACUGUUAAGUGAAUUUAGUUUCAUAUGACAUUACUAAGUCUGCAGCUGAGAAGAUGAGACUUCUCCAUCACAUUUUCCCCUCAGUUAUCGACAGUUUCCAUUUGUCUUGUCUUAUUGUAAAUUCUUAGCUGGAAAGAGGAAUGAAAACAUUCAACAUACCACAGCUGUAGAUAUGCAGUGCAGAUGCUUUCCAUUAUAAUAUGCCAAGCCAUCCUUGUCUGCCAUUCUAUUGGUGCAUUUUGGCAGUUUUUGUAGUUGCUACCCAUUUUAGUUAGAGUGUACAAUGGUGAAUCUUUCCUUGUGCUUUUUUUUUACUAAACAUUAUUGAAAACUUUUUAUACAGCAGUCUCCUUUUUAAUAAUCCAGUCGAUACAGGCAUCGCUUUCAACACCGAUGACAUUGCCACAACUUAUAAAAUGUGUUAAUACCAACAAAUGUCACAACUUAUGCAAUGCUAACAUUAUUCACAACAAGCACUAUUAUUGUGUCACACAAUUGCCACAACUAAUGCAGUCACAGUAUCUAAAAUAACUGAAUGAAUUGCUUCACUAUAAUGUACAUGUUCAGAAAGAAUUUUAUUUUUCAUCAUAUAUUUAGUUGUGAUAGGUAUAUUUUUACCUGAAUCAUCACAAUUGUAAGAAAUGUUUAUCUCUGCGUCAACAACAUCAUUUCUAUGUUUAUAUUAAGAUUAUUGAGUGUAUAAAAACAUCCAUGUGGUUGAAUAUGUAUGAUCAUUGUUAAAGAUUGGCACAUUAUCUAUGAUGCAUUGCACUGAAGCUUAAACGUUAAUAAUCUCAUUCAUUGGUGAUUGGUUAAAAAUCAGCCAAUCAAACAAAAACUCAUAACUAGCAUCACAACCAAAUUUUUCAUGUAGAAGUCUUGAAUCAACCUAAUCUUGAAUAGAUGUUCCAUCUUAGCAUAGCAGAUUGUGAGAUCUGCUCGGGGUAGUGAAACGAAUAUAUCUAACAGAUCAUUCCAAAAGGUUUAUAUAUAUAUAAAGGGCCUUGAUCUCAUGCAUUAUAAUUUUAUAAAAUAGUUUCUAUAAUACUUGGAAAUAUUAUCACGGUAUGUAAUAUAUAGUAUUAGUAAUUUUCAUGUUUAGUCAAGAGAUUACCCGAGUUCGUAUUAAUUGUUUUCCAUCACUUUAGAGGAAAAUCCACGCCCUGUCACUUGUUUUUAUUUGCCAUUGUGAAUGUCAACAUAUCUGUAUCGCAAAGUUGAUUAUGUAUAAAGUAUUAUUUGAGGAAGUUUCUGUACAUGUGUUUCUGAAAAAAGUACAAGAAGCCUCUUGUCCUUGUACCUGUUAUGGAGAGACUUUCAUUUGUGUAAUUUGAUGUGCGUUUGUGCUGAAAGUUGUAGAAACUCACGUAGUGAUAGAUUGUUGGAGGUCUUCGUAUCACUUUUUACUUAUGAAGUAAAGUGCUGUAGAUCAAGAAGCAAGUAAAGUAUUGUCUUUAAUUUCAUUAUUGUAUGUUUGCGGAAGAAGGGACACAUUUAUAGAUUCCGUUUUACCUGAAAGGCGAAGAGUAUUUUUUGGAUUGCAAGUAAAUGAUCCUUUGUUUGAAUAAAAAUAAAGAUAAUUAUAAAGUUAGAAAGAACAAUGGUACAGAUAAAAUAUCAGAAGACAAAAUGUGUAAUCUUUGUAGGUAGCUGCUUUGCAAAGUGCAAUUUUUUUGUAGUGAUUUUUUUUCUGUAGUUAGGACAGUGGGUUACAAUGUAGCACUAGAUUUCACCAACUUGUAUUGUUAAAACGGUUAACUAUGUUUGAAGAAUGAUACAAAUUUAAUUGCAAAUGUAUUUCAAUGGAAUGAAGUUCCAAACUUUUACUGAGGUUUGAAAAAGAGUUCACCAGAAAUUAAAACCUGUUAUCAAAAUGUUUCUUUGUAUGGUGUAAAAGGCAGGUGAGCCCACAGAUUCCUCGAUACUAAAGAUCUGCCCUCCAUACUCUUGCGAUGAAAUUUUUCCAUUGAAAUUACCUGGACUGAAAAAUGCUGCGCGCUGUGCGAUAUCAAUAUUUAGAACAUAUAUUUAUACACAUUUGCACAACUUCGUACUACUUGUAGAGUUGUAUUUUUAUUUCAUCAUAUGAAUUUAUAUAUAUAUAAUAUGUAUUGCUUCAUCAUCUAUAGCACGUAGAUAUUCUCGUUUUACGGAAGAUGAAAGAAAAGCUCAUUUUAUUGUCUCUAUAUUUGUACAUACCGCUUAUACUGUGCAUUUUGAAUAAACUGAUUUUUAAUGAAACA